AUGAACAUCAACACAGACCCCAGCUGCAGUAGGACUGUGGACCCAGAUGUGGCCCUCAGUAGCAGCUCAGGUCACCCAGUGGUAACAGGAGCCAUCGACAUCAACUCAAAUGCUGGCUGCUGUAUGGUCAUGAACCCAGAAAUGGCCCUCUUCAGCAGCCUUACCACAGAUGACAUCAUGGCCCCAGAUGGCAGUACAGGCCACUCAGUGCUGGAGACUCUGGGGCAUGCGAAAAUUACUUUCUUGCCACUGUGGCUGGAAUUAACAAUGUUUUUGUCUGCAUGGCCACAGACUGGGAUGUCCCGAUACCAGAGCCUCCCUGAAGUGGUGAUACCCUUGAGAGCACCUAGCACUUAUAAAAGUAUGGAAGCUCUAGGCUGGAUCUCCUAUAGCCUGCACUUUGGGGGCCAGAGACACAUUGUCCACAUGAAGGCUAAGAAGCAUUUGGUGUCCAGAGCUCUCACUGUGUUCACCUACACUGACCAGGGUGCUCUUAUUGAGGACCAGCCUUUUGUCCAGAAUGACUGCUAUUACCAUGGUUAUGUGGAAGGGGACCCUAAAUCCAUGGUUACUCUUAGUACUUGUCUAGGAAGCCUUCAAGGAAUACUGCAGACAAAUGGAGUCACCUAUGAAAUCAAGCCCAAAGUGCGCUCUGCCACAUUUGAACAUCUGGUGUAUAAGAUGGAAGACACACAGUAUGCACAUGGAGGUUGUGGACUAACUGAAGAAGAAAUAGUAGAGCAAUUGAAGUCUCAAGAUAAUGCUAAUUCCACUCUGAUGCGAAGUUCUCAUACAGGAUGGUGGCUCCACCGACAGUUUCUUGAACUAGCAAUUGUGGUAGAUUAUGGAAGAUUCAUUUUUAGGAAAAGGAAUGUGUCCAUUGUGGAAAUGGAUGUAUUCAUGGGCGUCAAUUUAGUAGAUGAUAUUUAUAGCUCAAUUAGUCUUGAUGUGGUUCUAACUGGAGUUGAAGUUUGGAGUGCAGGAAACCCCUACUCAGUAACUACCACACGUCAUAUGAUGGAACAGUUUUGCAAAUGGAAGAAAUCCAGCUUCAAUAGCCGUGUAGCUCAUGACUCUGCACAUAUUAUUGUGAAGCAGGAUUUUUGUUUUAAGCAUCUUACUGAGUCAUACUUUUCUGAAGUAUGUAAUAUUAAUUUGAAUUGUGGUUUAGAGUGCAUUAUGGAUGAUGGAUUGGCUUCAUUUAGAACAUAUGUGACACAUGAGAUUGGUCACACAUUGGGAAUGAUGAAUGAUGAUGGUAACAACUGCGCAUGUGAGAGAAAAGUAUGUGUAAUGAACAAAAGGCUAAUACCCUCAGAUGCAUUCAGCAACUGUAGUUAUGCACAAUAUUUAGAGACUAUUUCUAGAAAGAGUUGUUUGACCGAUGUCCCAAACCCACAGGCUAUUUUUAUAAAGAAACGCUGUGGGAAUGGUGUGAUUGAAGACGAAGAGGAAUGCGAUUGUGGUUCCUUAAAACUGUGUGCCCAAGAUGGAUGUUGCUCAGAAAACUGCACUCUGGUAUCUGGGGCAGAAUGUGCUUCUGGGCUGUGUUGCCAUAACUGCCAGUUUAUGCCAUCAGGCACAGUGUGUAGAGAACGUGUCAAUCAAUGUGAUCUGCCAGAGUGGUGCAAUGGAAGCUCUGCUGCAUGCCCAGAAGAUGUGUAUGUGGAGGACGGGAUCCACUGUCUGGGCAGGAAUAUCUGUUUUCAAAAGAAAUGUAAUAACCGUGAUGAUCAGUGCAGAAAACUUUUUGGCAAGGGAGCCAAGAAUGCAAAUAAGAAUUGCUACCUAGCAGUGAACACCAAAGGUGAUCGCUUUGAGAAUAAAAGAUAUGAGGAAAGAAGGAGAUAUAUUGCAUCUUUACCUAGGAAAAGAAAACAUAAAGGUAAAAAGUCAUCCAAGAAGGAAGAGGAAAAUCUUGGAACAGAACUUGAGGAACAAAAGCAAAAUGUUGAGAAGCUAUCUGAGGAAGAAGAGGAAAGCUGA